AUGUGGACACCUUUUAGAACAAGUGUACCCAGACUCUCUCUUUUGAAGCGACCAAGAAACAGUGGUGCAUGGAAGGCAUCUUUGGCCACGGUUUCUCUGAUCUCGCUUUUUCUUGGUGGCUCGAUUAUAGCCAAUGACCACAGCAACAGGUCUUUGGAGGGAGUAGCCGUAGACCCGUCAAUCGAGCCGUUUCCCAACCACAUUGCCUCUUCCGAAAACACGCUCUUUUCCUCGGAUUACAAAUUGAUAGCAUCCGGUGUCAGAUCCGUGACUUUCAUGAGCUUCAAGGUCUACGGUGUAGGACUCUACAUUCCUGCCAAAAGCGAAAAAACCUUGGUCUCUGUGAUUUCCGAAUACUUGAAAGCCCACCCGGAACAAACGGCACAAAGCGUGCUUGAAGACAAGACAACUUCCCAGGAACUCGUGGCGCAAAUAUGCCAAAACGUGCCCUACGCCAUGAAAAUCACCCCAGUAAGAAACACGGACUACGGCCAUUUGCGAGACGGUCUCACCAAGUCUAUUUUGGCCAAUCCAAUGGCGAAGGCCUUGAAGGAAGAAGUUUCGAAGGGCGUGGAGGAACUCCGAAACGUGUUUCUGGAAUUCAGAGGUUCGGUGCCCAAAAACGACACGCUCUGGGUGGUUUCCGACACGUCCGAGACAACCAUUGCCCACGAAGGAAAAAGCAUGAAAACCAUGGGCUCGGUGAUGGAGCCUGUGAUUGCACGAGUGUUGCUUGUGCUGUACUUAAGUAGCGCCAAACCAUUGAGCGAGCCUCUUCGAAAAGAUUUCGUGAGAUACAUUGGCGGAUUGUGUUGA